GUGAAUGCACUGUGCCAAGUUGAAUGCCAGAAAGCACGGGCGCCCCCCUUUCUGUUUUCUUGUCCCUCGAGAGAGGGAGGCAUCACCCCACAGCACCAAAUGGCGAAGCUACGGCCGACCGCCCUCACCUUUCUCCUCGUCGCUACCGCCCUCCUCUUCCAUGCCUCUGCCGGUGGGGUUCCUCUCGGCUGGAUCCCCUCCUCCUCCCAUUCGGACUGCCGCGGUUCCCUCGCCGAGUGCAUCGUCGGCGACGAGUUCGACCUCGGUUCCGAGGUGAGUCGCCGCAUCCUUGCCACCUCCGGCUACAUCAGCUACAGCGCCCUGAGGCGCGACACCACACCUUGCUCCCGCCGCGGCGUCUCCUACUACAACUGCCGGCCCGGCGCCCAGGCCAAUCCCUACUCCCGCAGCUGCUCCACCAUCUCCCACUGCCGGGGAUGAAGACGAAUCCUCCAGAUCUCUUCUCCUCCCUAAAAAAACCGCGAUUUUGUUGAAGAAAACUGACUCGUUGGGUAUGUAUUUGUCCUCUGUGUUCGAACUUUAGUUAAUUUGUUUUCACUUAUGCUUUUGUUGCAAUGCAAACUGGGAUUUUAUGUUAAUAUGUGAUUAACCAUGUAAAAACAUUUUUUUUUUUAAAUCUCACUUGCCUUUUCUUGUG